CGCAAAUCCACCACUUUGAUCCGAAGACCGCAUCAACGAAGCGUGACCCUGACUAACACGUGUUGAGGGAGACCACGAGAUCCUUGCUGCAUUGCACGCGUCAUCCACGUACAUCCCAGUCCAUUCAGAUUGGCCUUCCAUCCCAUCUUUAUACUCUAUACUCGCUCCACUUCGAACACUCUGCAAUCCUCUUUACUCGACAAACGCCACGGGGAGCACGACGACUACAGCGCGCAAGUAAGCAGACAGUGCAUAUUUCUACAACUUCGAGUAACUUCUACUCGUCAGCCAGUCAUGGUCCUCCGACGAAUCGCUCAACAAGGAUUGUGCUCCUUUCGACACUCACAAUGCAGCAGCAGCAAUAGUCGUCUCUUGCGCUGUGUAGCCGCAUCACCCGCAGCUCGAGCCUCCUUCUCCUCUCCGUUGGGCUCACCUCGAAAAGGUUUGUCCACUACGCGUACAUUACUGAAGGAUGACGUAGGAACAGGCGUAGAUCCAGGCUACACCUCUCCCUCUCCUUCAUCCCACAUCAAAGAAGAAGAGAUGAAAGCCUCCAGCGACAGCGACUCGUCCACUCCUGCUCCCUCGCACGAGUCCGAUCCAUUUCCUCUUCCCUUUGAUCCGCGUCUCGAAGGAAUGAACCUUAGCAGCGCAUCCCAAUCAUCAGGAUUGAAGGGAGCUCAUUCCUGGGAGGGUGCGCCGCCAGACGUGGGAGAAGCGGUGGAUGUGGAGCAAAAACAGGACGAAACGCCGGUUCCUAUUCGUCUGCCUGGUAGAGGUCCAGAGGAUGAGGAUAGGGAAAGGCGAAUCGCAAGGCUGAUAUAUCAGGCGAGGAAAAGAGGAACAUUGGAGACGGACUUGCUGCUCUCCACUUUUGCUCAGCAACAUCUCAAAAACAUGCCAGAUAUAGAAGUGCUGGAAUUUGACAUUCUCCUGGAUGAGCCCGAUUGGGAUUUGUUCUACUGGCUGACUGAACGCAAACCCGUGCCUGAAAGGUGGCGAGCCAGUUUCGAGACGGAAGGCAGGCUAGGUUGGCGUUUGCGCAAACAUACAAAGAACGAGAAUAAGGAGGUUCGCAGGAUGCCUUCCCUCUGAGCUGUGCGCGAUCGCUCGGCCUUGUUGUGUCCCCCUCCCCUCCUCUCACCUCACCGAACUGUCCAGACGCGUCAUUGCAUCGCAUUGAUGACAGAAAGCUUAGAAUUAUGUACAGACGAGGCUCGAAAAAUUUCAAGACGACCGCGAC